AUGUCUGUUUCCGUGCCUCAAUCUUUGUUCCUCAGACUACCACCUGAGUUGAGACUCGAUAUCUACAAGUUACUCUUGCUUCAUGAUCCGAGUUGUACCUUUGCAAGCAGCAAGCCUGCUCUGCUUCCUACGUCGAUAGACUAUCACGAGGGCCAUCACACAGGAUCCUCGGACGACAUAGAACCCAACGCAGUCACUCUCUCCAUUCGUGCCGAGGAUCCAGUCCACUACAGAUCGCGUGCUCCCAAACAUGCACGCAGCGCAUUUUUCGUCCGUGCCGGCGGUCUGCGUCCUGGAUGCGUGCCUACGACGUAUUUUUGCGUCAGCAACACGGGCAUUCAUACGUCGUUGCUGCGAGUAAACGCACGGAUUUAUGCCGAGGCUGUCGAGGUCUUGUACUCGAACCACGUUUUUGAUUUCGACAUGCACAUCGAGGCAUUCGUCGGUUUCCUGGAAGAUCUGACACCAUUCGCUCGCAAUUGUAUACGGUCAAUACGCUUGGUCAAACGUGCCUUGCCAUACGACAAAGAAUACUCCAAAGCAGAGUGGGCCGUCGCCAUGGAAUGGGUCGGCGGGCUACCCAGUCUGAAGUCGUUGACAUUGGGAAUUGUUGCGGGAAGGCCAGGUCCUGACGGCUGGGACUUGGUUCCUGCCUUACAACCAGGGGAUUUUGAUGUUCUCAAGGGUACGGAUGGCAUGGAGUGGAUAGAGGAGCUCCUUGCUGUGAAGGGACUGGAUUACAUCGCAGUCGAACCCAUUGUCGUGCACAGUCCAUUCGCCAGAAGCAAUGCGAUGGCACGUUAUAUCCAGUUCUCAGCAAGCGUUGAUGACGGGUCGUUUGCAGCUUGGUUGAAGGACAAUAUGAUCAGGGGAAUGUAG